AUGAGUAGUGUUGGCGAUUUUGAAGAAAUUAUUUUGCAUGAUUUAAAACCUUAUUAUCACGUUCCCGGUGCCAUACAUAGUGAAGGAAUAACCUUCGUUAAGGAAACCGGUACACUGUUGUGGGUUGAUAUUUUUAAAGGAGAGGUUCAUAAAGUCGAAGACAUAGAACAGCCUGAAUCCAGUCAUUCUUUUUUUUCCAUUAGUAGAGCCAAUUAUGGCAAGAAUGCGUCAAUUGAGUACCCUCCCAAUCCAGAUGAAUUAAAAGAAUCCGUGGGCUGUAUAUUUCCAAUACUUGAUGGGGCUUCACAAAAUGAAAUCAAACAAGUAUUAUUUGGUAGUAAAUUUGGCAUAGGAAAAUUGGAUUUUAGCAAAAGUGAAUGGGAAUAUGUCAUUUUGUAUUCCGAAUGUCCUGAAUUGAGUACAGACAGAGCAUAUAAGUUGAGAUCUAAUGAUGGGAACGUUUCGCCAGAUGGAAAAUAUAUUUAUGUGGGGCUAAUGAGCGAUUUUCCAUUUGAUUUGGAACCUAUUGGGUGUUUGCUUCGUGUUGACCUAUUAGCUCACAAGAUAGAGCUUGUUUGGAAUUGCUUGUUAAUUCCUAACGCGAUCCACUGGGAUGAAAGUGAUCAAAAGACGAUGUACGUGACUGAUUCUUUAAACUUCACUAUUUGGAAAUGUCCUGGUGGCGACUUGCUAAAACGUGACGAGUUAAUUGACGUGAAGAACUCCAACAAUCAAUCUUUUGAGUCUCCUGAACCAGAUGGAAGUGCAAUUUGGUUUAGCAAAGACGGAAAACAUUCUGGGUUUCUGUUUAUCACUGUCUGGUCCACCAGUAAGGUUCAAAUGUUCGAUUUAACUAACGGAAAAUUGCUGAAGGAGUUCAUUUUGCCGGAGCAGACACCAAGAGUUUCAUGUUGUUGUUUUGUUGGUAAAGAUCUCUUCGUGACCACUGCCAAUGCAGAAAUCAACGAUGCUGUAAGAACCAAUACUGACAAGAAUGGUGGCUGCAUCUACAAAAUUCCAAACGUGCUAGACGGAAAUGUUCCUCUGGAAUCUACAAAGCGACAACCUCUCCACUAG